CUUAGUUUUAGAACUUGACAAUCAGCUCAGUGCUAAGCUAUUAGCUGACUAAUAGAGCGACUUGUUGUCUGUUUCCUUGGCUCUCGGUACCGUUAGUUAGCGAGUGGGUGUGUCGGUGUGGUCCAGUGGGACGCUAUCUAGCGGCCGCUGGUAUGCGUAGAGGAAAGAGGAAAAGUUGAUGAGGAGUUGAGUUUGAAAGCGGCGCCUCGGUGCUGAAGAACCGAGCGAAAUGGCGGUUUGGACCAGAGCGGACAAGCACGGCGAACUGGACCUUCUACUCCGCGACCGCUGGGUCCGAGUGGCCGCCGAACUCACCCGAGAAACGCUGACUUUAACGGCCGAAGCCGAGAUAGGCAGGCAGGGGAGUCACCAUCCGGAGCACGGCAGCCCCCAGACGGGCCUGAGGAACGGAUUGUCGAAUGGAGACGAACCGGGAACAAGUCUGUCUUCGGGUCCAGAACAGUUCCAGAACCACGGCAGCCCGGGUCACGUCGGGGUCAGUCGCGGUUUAGGCAGCCCGGGGAAGCACCCAAAUAACGGCGCCAACUCGGAUUUAGGAAGUCCCGGCUCAAGUUUUGCGCCGAGGCAAGUCGAAGUGAGUCCGGGUGUGUGCGCGGAGGCUGUGCGCAAAGUCCGGGUUGUCAAGCAGGAGUCUGGCGGGCUGGGAAUCAGCAUCAAAGGCGGACGUGAGAACCGGAUGCCCAUCCUUAUCUCUAAGAUCUUCCCGGGACUCUCCGCCGACCAGAGCCGCGCUCUGCGGGUGGGGGACGCUAUCCUGUCGGUGAACGGGAACGACCUCCGGGAGGCGACGCACGACUUGGCGGUGCAGGCGCUGAAGAAGGCCGGAAAAGAAGUGACGCUGGAGGUAAAGUACAUCCGCGAGGUUUCUCCACUGUUUAAAAAGCCAUCCCUCGUGGCUGACCUGCCAUGGGAUGGCGGUCGGAUACAGACGCCCAGCUACAGCAGCAGCGAAGAUUCUGGUUCUCCUCAGAACAGCAGCUCCAAAGACAGGAAGGUCAUCAGCCUGAAGAUGUGCUUCAUUAGCAGGAACCUUACCAUGCCAGACCUGGAGAACAGAUUAUUGGAGCUGUAUUCGCCAGAUGGUCAGCACACGGUUGUACUUCGUUGUAAAGAUUGCCCUUCUGCCAACUCCUGGUUUACUGCCAUCCACACCAACAUUGCUGCCCUGCUGCCACAGACCCUGAGUCACAUCAAUGCUUACCUGGGGGUCUCGGCCUCCACCACCAUGCAGCCUCACCUCAAGCACAUUGGGUGGAUGGCUAAGCAGGUCCAGCUGGAAGGUGGACGGCAGCAGUACAGGCCUGUGGUCAUGGCGCUUACAGAAAAGGACAUUUUGCUCUUUGAGUCUGUGCCAUGGCGUAGAGAGUCAUGGUCCAUGCCUCUCCUCACACAUCCUCUGCUCGCCACAAGAUUGGUCCACUCUGGCAGUGCCCGUGGUUCUCCUUCCCAGGGUUCAGACCUGGUGUUUGCCACCCGGACGGGCACAGGGCGUGGCAUUGAGUCUCACGUUUUCCGGGUGGAGACCCACUGGGAUCUGUCUUCAUGGACCAGAGCUCUGGUACAAGGAGCACAUGCUGCUGCAGAACUCAUCAAAGAAGUUUCUAUCGGCUGCACAUUGAACAGACAGGAUGUUCGUCUGACCCUGCACUACGAAAAAGGCUUCACCGUGACGCGGGAGUCGAGCGACGCAGCCGGUGGAGCGGCGCUCUUCCGAUACCCCUAUGAAAAACUCAAAAUGUCUGCUGACGACGGAAUACGCAACCUUUACCUUGACUUUGGGGGUCCUGAGGGAGAAAUGGUGUUUGAUCUCCACUCAGGUCCAAAGCCAGUUGUGUUCGUCCUUCACGCCUUCCUCUCAGCAAAACUCACCCGCAUGGGCCUGCUCACAUGAAGCAUUCAUGCGCACAGGGAGUACUCAUGCUCGCGUGAACUACAGUAUUUAAAAUGAGCAUGAAGUAGUCAUGCUCAAAUGAAGUACUCGUGCUCGAGUACUGAUCAGCAGAAAGACCAGUAUGCUGCUCAGAAAGUUUAUAUUGUCGCUGAUAUCUUCUCCCUCCUCUUUGUGAUAGUUUUAAAAAUGUGCCUUAUAUUUCAAGGUUUGCUCUCUUGCUUUAUUGCUGCAAGUUCUCAGGUUUUUAGCAGUUUAGACGCUUUCUACAUUCCACGUGAGCCGAAUGAUACUGACUGGUGUUUGAGUCAAAUGAAAAAUCUGUAUUUUAGACAAUCAAUAGACAUUAAAAGUCUGAUUAUGUUCA